AUGCCCUCUCUAUACAAGGGGCUCUGCCUCCUCACGUCUGUACUAUGUCUCACUGGCGAGGCAUCCGCAGAUGCCGUCACGGACUUGCAGACUAAAGGAAGAACCGCGAUCAAUGCUCAGCUGGCCAAGUCAACCACCUGCAACGCCGCCAAUCUCAUGGUCCGUAAGGAAUGGGGCGAUGUUCCUGCCGACGGUCGAAGGGCGUAUAUCAAGGCUGUCCAGUGUUUGUUGACGAGCCCUUCCAAGCUCUCUGCCAGCCAGUUCCCUGGGGCUAAGAGUCGGUACGAUGACUUUGUUGUCACCCAUAUCCAACAAACGCUUUCAAUUCACGGAACUGGAAACUUCCUCUCCUGGCAUAGGUAUUUCACCUGGGCGUAUGAGCAGGCCCUUCGAAAUGAAUGUGGCUACAAUGGAACUCAACCUUAUUGGGACUAUGGUCGAUGGGCUGCUGAUCCAGAGAAAUCCCCAAUCUUCGAUGGCUCGGAUACCAGCAUGAGCGGCAAUGGUAAGAAGGUUUCCCACCAAGCAACCUCCAUCGGGCCAGCUCAAAAUGGUGGCGGUUGUGUUGAAACGGGCCCAUUUGCCAAUAUGACUGUUCACUUAGGUCCCGUAUCUCCCUUGGCAGAUCCUGCCCCACCCAGAAAUCCCCGAUCCGACGGGUUCGGCGAUAACUCACGCUGCCUGCGUCGUGAUCUUGGUCCAGGGCUGACAUCCAAAUAUGCUACCACCUCCAUCCUCGCCAGCUUGAUUACUGGUCGCAAAGAUAUUGGAACCUUCCAAAAUGACCUUCAAUCUGCGGGAGGCUUUGGUGGCGGCAUGGGUGUUCAUGGUGCUGCCCACUUCACGAUUGGCUCCGAUCCAGGCGGAGACUUCUACACCUCACCCGGCGACCCGGCCUUUUGGUUGCUCCAUGGUGGCAUCGAUCGUCUCUGGACUAUCUGGCAAAGCCAAGACCUCCCCAACCGCAUGCAGGUCAUUGCCGGCGGAACUUCAAUGAUGGGUGGCGGAGCAGCACAGAAACUCACGGAUAACGUUGAUAUCAGCAACGUUGCUGGUAAGGUGUACCAGAUCAAGGAUCUUGUCAGCGUCGUUGAUGGGCCAUUCUGCUACGUGUACGAGUAG